AUGUGCUCCCAACUGUUCGCAUUUCUGCUCCUCCUUUUGACCGCUUUUGUGACGGGUAGAAGUACUCCACCGGCGUUGGAUGAAGACUGUGAACUGAAUUCUGUAGAUACAAUGCAUGAUUUCUGCUGCGACCUGCACGACGAGAGUCCCCAGUUUAGCGACUGCCAGAUGGAGUGGCACGAAAAGAUUCCAUACGAGACGGAUGAAGAGGAGCAGACGUACAUGUUUUGCACCGCAGAGUGCAGUUUCAACAGUACGAACUUCUUGGGCAGGGACCGCCGUUCACUGAAUCUCAAUGAGGUAAAGGAGCACUUGGAAAGCGACCUGGUCAACGAUGCGGACAUUAAGCUUCUCUAUGACACCUAUGUCAAGUGCGACAAGCAUGCGCUCUCACUGAUGCCGCACAAAGGUGUGAAGCAGCUAUCCAAACGUCUUUCGCGUCUUGGCUGUCAUCCGUAUCCCGGACUGGUCCUCGAGUGCGUGGCCAACGAGAUGAUCCUGCACUGUCCCACCAAGCGCUUCCGUCAAACAGCCCAGUGCGAAGAGACACGCAAUCAUUUGAAGCAAUGUAUGCAGUAUCUAAAGUACAAGUCCUAG